AUGGCAUUAUGUAGUGAUCAUGACAACGAUCUCAAACAACUGUAUGAUCACAUGAAGAACGAAUACGACAGAGAGGAAACGAAUCUUCUCUCUCUUGGUGAUGUGUUAAGAAACAUGGGAAAAUUCGAUUUGGCCGAAAAGUACUAUCGUCGAUGGUUGAGCGAACUUCCAUCGAAUGAUCUCUCUCUUUGUGCGUUGUAUGAACGUCUUGGUAGGGUUGCUGAUGAGAAAGGUGAGUAUGAUACGAGUCUCGAAUGGUACCAGAAAUCACUCGAGAUCGAUAUGCGAACUCGUCCAUCCGAUCAUGUCAGUAUUGGUAUCACACACAACAGCAUCGGUAACGUUCAUGGAAAGAAAGGUGAUCGUGUUCGAGCACUCAAAUCGUACAAUCGAGCCGUGUCACUCUUCAAACAAGCACACGAUGAGAAUCACCCACAUUUGGCCUCCUUUUACAACAACAUUGGCACCAUCUAUCAAGAAGAGAAGAAGUAUUUUGAAGCGCUCGACUUCUAUGAGAAGUCACUUGCUAUUCACGGGAAGCAUCUACCACCGGAUCAUCCUGAUUUGGGUGGAUCGUACAACAAUAUUGGCGUGGUUCAUCGAUAUCUUGGUCAUUAUGAUCUUGCAUUGGAUCAUUACAAUCAAUCACUUAAAAUCAGCUUGAAGUCACUUCCUGCUCAACAUCCCGAUAUUGCAAGUACCUACGUAAACAUGGGUCUUGUGUAUGAAGACAAGGAUGAAUUAGAGAUACAUUUUCUUGCUGAUAGUACAAUGAGCAAUGCUCUCGAAGAUAUAAAUUCAACUAGAAUUUUCCCUCGAGAUUCUCUUUCGCAUCCACGUCAAGAUUGGCGAUAUCUUAUACACCGUAUUCUGAACAAUAAAUUUGAUGAUGAAUUUAAAAUCGAAGAACACGAACGUAUCUACAAAAUUCAUGCUCACCCUUAUCUUCAGCUACCAAGUCAAACAGCGAUGAAAUCAAUCAUUACUUAUGUUGGAUCUAUUGUUCUAUAUCCAAAUAUCCAUGCUCACAUGUGUCACACACUGAUCUAUCCCGCUAUAGCUCAAUUAGGAAUCGAAAUGAUAUUAUCUGAAAUAAUAGAGUUCUUAUCAGAUAGCCCAUCAAUCAAACAAAAUUCAUUUCUCGAGAAUAAUUCUUUAAUUUUAUCUUCACCACACUGGCGUCCUAAUAUCGAUGAGCAAGAUCUUUCUUCUCUUAAUUCACAUAUGCCACGGUUAUCGCAACGUUCAGUUUCCUAUGGAUUUGAUCUUGGAAUAAAAACAUGGCAAUCAAUACAUGAUGAAAAAACUAGAAUUUCAUCAUCGAGCUACUAUUUACCACCUAACAAAAUCGAACUUGAUAAAAAUCAACAAGAAAUGAUUCGUCGUACUCUAUCAUUUAAAAGAAAAUCGGACACAAUUUCUUAG